GGAAGCGCUGGGAUAUGCCCUGCAUCCCCGUUCAAGUCCACUCGCCGCUCCCCCUGUUCCCUCCUGACGGGAUGAAGGGCUGAAGAAGACCCGCUUGGCGGGGAGCCUGUUCUUCUUGGGUGUCAGAUCACCGUUUCUGUUUCUUUUCCCCUUUUUUCACCUAACUAUUACCCUGACGAACUCGACGCUGCCGAUAACCGACUUCCAUAACGACCCAUCAUCCCACGCAUGCAGCCCUACCAUUGAAAGACACUCGAUCCAGAUUCCAGACGUUCAGUGGAAAAAGGAGGGAGAGAAAAAAAGACACAGGCAGAAAGAAAAAAGGAGAGAAGACGCUCGCCAGACGCUCGCCCAUCAUGGCGGACUCUUUACCAUCGCCAACGGAGCACAACUUUGAAACAGAGUCCAAUUUUAUGGGAUGGUUUCUCCACCCCACGAGCACGGAGGCGAUUUUGUGCCUUGGUGAUGGCGAGCACUUUGAGACCUCGGGCCGGUUUGCCGCCUGUUGUUUGCACGAGCCGUGUCCCAUGCCGACGCUCUGCUCGGCGAACACCUUGAGCUUCAACAACGCAGACAUUAUGGACUGCGGAACAGACUUCUCCUGCGUAACCAUGACGCUGUACCAGACGCCGGGGUCCGAAGGUUACCCUACCGCCAAUAUCAUGUGCGGUGUCCACUGGGCAGCACAUACCAUCUACCGACAUCUUCCCCCGGAACCAACAACAAGUCCCGACCCUUCACCCUCUACCGACUCCCACCUCACGUCUCAAGCUCCCACAUCACUCGGCUCCGGCAGCAAUCAUUCCAACGACGACAGCCCCAACCAAGCUUGGAUCGCCGGCGCCGUCGUCGGUCCAUUAGGAGCCAUAGCAGCCAUCCUCUUCGUCAUAUGGUGGUGGCGACGCAGGAUAGACAAAAAGCAAGACCAGGUCGCGCAAGCCGCAGCCGCAGCAGAAGUAGAAGGAGGGGGAGGGGCAGAGGGAGGGGGUUCCUUCACGUCGGGAUUAUUAGGUCCCCAAAAGAUGGAGUCGGAUCAAGGGACGACGUGGUCCUCACGGCAUACCGCGUCCAACCGCACCAGCCCGGCGUAUUUACACGGGAAGUACCAGAGCGUCCCGAACAGCAGCACCAGCCCCGGGUUCAUGAUGCCUUACCACUCCUCCGCUCGCUAUCAACCCGCGCAACCUUCCCCGCCGCCGCCUCAUAUCUACCGCGACGCGACGCCGACCGAGCUCGAUUCCGGGUUGCAUGGACAGGGCCACGCGGCGUCCGAGCUGCUGACCGGGCAGAUGUACACGUACACGCCGGAGCUGAGUGGUCCGACCUUGUCGGAGUUGCCGGAUACUCGGCGGUAACCGGCGACGGUCUGUCGGACUUUUUGUGGCCUGGGAUGGGAAGACUUUGGAGUUGUAGUAGGUUGACCUGUUGAGAG